CGUGACAGAAAAGCUAAUCCAUUUCGGUACUCAGCGGCCCAGUGGGCUCCCAGUACGGCAUUGGCAAGGUGGGCUAAGGAAAAUUUGGGGCGGGCUUCGGACGACAAUCCAUCAGUCUCUGUAUCAAAGCAGUAGGUUGAUGCUUCAAUCAUGCCCCCUAGAAUACCGGCGCUGCCGCGCUUUGGCACAUUGAACCUCUGCCUCCGACCCGCCGCAAAGCCCGCUACCCCGAACUUCCUCCCCAUCGUCCAAACGGCCAACUUGUCCCAGCGUGAGAAAAAGCGCAAGGCCAAACAGGAUCCUUAUCGAUGGGCUCAAGCUCAGCAACGAAAGGCUGCCAAUGUGCAACGGCGUGAGGAGCUCGCCCGUGAGAGGGAUGAGGCGUGGGGUGAUCCCGUAAAGGGAAAGACAACUCCCUUUAUAGAGUCUCUUGAAUCGGCUGGUCAAGAGGCUACGUCCCGUGUUCCUGUGGAUGGAAGUGGAAACCCGCUCGCCGAAGCACAUGAGCUACCGACAUCUCCAGAACUACGAAACUACUUCCUUACCGACUCUGAACUCUCUGAGGCUGUCAAGCACGCAUAUACUCUUACCAAGCCCAUGAUCGGCGUGGUCGAGUCACAGAUGGAACCCGAAAGCGGAGUGGAUAAGGCGAAGCAACACGAGCAGCGCCACCAGAAGGCCAUUGAGGCUCUGCGCCGUAUCACAUCACUCAGCAACAGCAGCGCAAAGGACCGCUUCCACGCCAACGUGAGACGCAUCGUUGAGGAAUUCGGCCGUCACAACACAGACAAGGUUCUGAAACGCAAGCCAAAGUCAAUUCGUCCCAACAAAGUGCAAAUGCCGAUCCGGAGCGGUCCUGAUACAGGCAGCUCCGAGGUUCAGAUUGCUAUCUUGACUACCAAAAUCAACAACCUCUCUCAGGCUCUGCAGAUCAACAGAGGAUACAAGGAUAAGCACAACAAGCGAAACUUGAGAUUAUUGCUGCACCGUCGACAAAAGCUUAUGAAGUACAUGGACCGUAAGGAGAGGGGAAGUGAGCGAUGGACUCACAUGGUUGAGAAGCUGGGUCUUACACCUGCGACAUGGAAGGGCCAGAUCUCGCUGUAAAGACAGAGCGGGAGCUGAGAUGAUUUUGUAGAAUAACUUGUUUCUCUCUAUGUACAAUACAAGCCACCCGAAAGAUGGAGCGACGAUGCCGCCUUUUGCAUCUACCUAUCUGUCCUUUGCGCCAGUGUGGGAACUAAUCCGUGCCAUUACGAGCUCAGUUGCUGCUAUACUACACAAAAUCCUGCUAAAAAUGAAAACGAUGCCA